UCAGCUCUCUCUCCAUACCAUUAUAGAUCGGCAUCCCUGCUGCUCGUAUGAACCGGAGCUCUUCUAGGUAACAGCAGCUCUUGUCUUUAGACGAUUGACCAUGCCUUCGGCCGAAGCGAACGGGACCAUGAACCGGGUCCCGACCAGCCCUCCGGGGUCCCCCACCAAAGAGGCCCCCAAGUACAGAGAGCGGGAGCAAUGGGGCAACAAGAUCGAGUUCGUCCUCUCCUGCAUGGGUUUCUGUAUCGGGCUGGGAAAUGUUUGGAGGUUUCCAUACCUAUGCUACAAGAAUGGAGGAGGUGCCUUUUUGAUUCCGUACCUCAUCUGUCUGAUUGCUGGCGGUGCUCCAGUUUUCAUCCUGGAAAUAGCGCUCGGGCAGUUCACCAGUCAAGGAGGCAUCACAGUAUGGAACAUCUGCCCGAUUUUUAAAGGCAUUGGCUAUGGCACGACGGUUAUUUGCUUCUUCCUCAAUGUAUACUAUAUCGUGGUUCUCAGCUGGGGUUUGCUGUACCUGUAUCACAGUUUUUCUCAUACCCUUCCGUGGGCUACAUGCGACAACGAAUGGAACACUGAGUCUUGUCUUACAGUGAAAGAGCUCAAUAUCACACUUUCCAAUCUCACUUCCAGUGAAGUAGCUGAUAGCCCAAAGGUGGACGCAGCCGUAGAGUUCUGGGAACGCAAAGUGCUCCAGAUCUCUGAUGGCAUUCACAAUCCUGGCGUAAUCCGCUGGGAAUUGGCCUUGACUUUGUUCCUAGCUUGGGUCAUCUGCUACUUUUGCAUUUGGAAAGGCGUCAAAUGGACAGGGAAGGUGGUAUAUUUCACAGCUACCUUUCCAUACGUGAUGCUUACAAUCCUGUUGAUCCGAGGAGUGACUCUAAAUGGUGCCAUGAAAGGAAUUAUUUUUUACUUGAAACCAGAUUUUACGAAACUUCUGGAUGGCCAGGUAUGGAUAGAUGCUGGUACGCAAAUCUUCUUUUCCUAUGCCAUUGCCUUAGGAUGUAUGACAGCACUGGGUAGCUACAACACUUUUCAUAAUAACUUUUACAAGCAAUGUAUUUUUAUUGCCUUUCUGAACAGUGGCACCAGUCUGUACGCAGGGUUCGCAAUCUUUUCGGUGCUAGGUUUUAUGGCUACUGAACUUGGUGUAGAUGUAGCAUAUGUCGCAGAAAGUGGUCCGGGUUUAGCCUUUAUAGCAUAUCCUAAGGCUGUUACUCAAAUGCCGGCUCCUUCUCUGUGGGCUGUACUCUUCUUUUUCAUGAUUUUGAUGCUUGGAUUGGACAGUCAAUUCGUCGCUAUUGAAGGAUUUGUCACUGCUAUUGUGGAUAUGUUCCCAGAUUAUCUGAGAGUCGGUUACAGACGAGAAUACUUCAUAGCUGGAACCUGUUUCGUAUCAUUCCUCAUAGGACUGUCUAUGGUUACUAAUGGUGGUAUGUACGUGUUCCAAGUGUUUGACUAUUACUCGGCGAGUGGUAUGACUCUGCUGUGGUUCUGUGUCUUUGAGUGCGGAGCAGUUGCCUGGGUAUACGGUGUACGGCGUUUUUAUGACAAUAUCGAAGAAAUGUUGGGCUUCAGAAUUAAUUCAUGGCUCAUGAUUUGCUGGAGUUUCCUUUCUCCUCUUGUAACUGGUGGAAUAUUCAUCUUCAGUUUGAUCACAUAUAAACCCGUGACCUACAAUAAAGAUUAUGAAUAUCCUGGAUGGGCUAUAUUCAUUGGAUGGUGCAUGGCCUUAUCAUCAAUGCUGUGUGUGCCAGUGUAUUUCAUUUACCAGAUAUUGAUAACUCCUGGCAACAUGAGACAGCGCUGGAAAAUAUUGACAACACCUCGACUGCCUAUGGCGUUACCAGUUCACGCAACAGAUCCAGAUGAAACUUCAAAACAAAAUGGCACGAAAAGCAGUCACCAGUAUGAACAAUCAAAAUUAUAGUUUUCUCCCGAUUGAAGAGGAUUUUUCUCUUCCUGUCUGAAAUGAAAAGUGGUCCAAAGCAGAUUCACUUCUCAUUUAAGAUUUUGCAUUGACAACUAGCUACACAGAAAAAUAGUUCAAACAAGCACACGUAGGACCCAAAUGUCCUUGUCUGGAUAGCUUUAACAGAAAUCUGAUUAAAAAGCAGUGUUGCUUGAUACAAUUAUUCUUAACCACUGUGCUACGAAUCUAAGACAUAUAAUUUAUCAUUUAUCUUGAGAUUUCGUUAUAAUUUUCAAACACUAACAAAUAUCAAAUUGCUAUGAAAAACUAACUUUUCUCAAACACGUGUGCCAAAGAAAUUUUCCAAAUAUUAAGAACAGUAAAUAUACUUUUUUUUUUCAUUUGAAAUAGAUUUACAAAUAAUAUUUCCUUAUUUGCUUUUAAAUAUAAACACAUAUGUGUGCAUUAAUAUGGUUUAGUAACAGAGGAAAAUUUUAAGCUUUUACUUUUUGUUUCAUAAACUAUUCUGUAUUAAAUGUGUAAAAAUUGUUUUUUAUUUAAUUUCCUCACAGACAUACUUAAAUAUUAAUGAAUACUUUUAUUUUUUACUGCAAAGUGGUUAAGAAAGAAUUUUGACCCUUAUAAUGGUUUUGGUAGGUUCCCAAAAGGUUGAGAAUUGCUGUACUUUUAAAGAAAACUAUCGUACAAGCAUUUCUGUUGGCUAUUCAAUUGUCGUAGCUGUUGAAAUGAACAAAUCUUUUAAGAUAUUUGUAUUUUAAAGGUGUAAUUUUUAAUUCAUUUUUAGUCAUCAUUUUUAAUGUUUUUAUAAAGUGUAAAAAAAGAAAUCUCAUUAUCUGUGUGCUUUAUGUUUCAUGUUGAAAAACAUAUUUGUAUUAUAAAUUAUAUGUUUGAUUCAUUUUGUGAAAACUAUGAAUCAAUAAAGUUAUUAGGUGUUAAAUUUUGAAUUAACAUGUUGAUUGUUAAUUGAUUAUAUACAUUUAAAAAAUCCCAGUGAUUAAAAGUCUUUUAUAA